AUGCUGCUGGCCGCCGCCGCGCAGCCGUCGCACGUCGUCGUCGCCGCCUCUGCCGCCGCCGCCGCCGAUCUCCACCUGCGCCCCGUGCUGGGCGCCGCGUCGCGCACGCCUUCCUCCUCCUCGCUCGCUCACGCCCGCUGGCCCACUGCAGCGGCGCCGUCGUCGCGGCCCAGCGACGCAGCCUGCGAGCGGCGCAGCGCCAGUCCCCCGCGGCGCCGCCCGCGCAGCGACAGCCCUCGUACCGCCGCCGAGAUGCACAGCCCGCGCUACCUGCCCUUCCCCGGCGCCAGUGCUGCGCCGCCGUCGCCGCCGAGCGUGGCACACUGGCGGCAGCAGCAGCAGCAGGCGCAGUCGUACGCCCUCGACGACGCCGCCCUGCUGCACCACGCCGUACACCCACACACCCUCACGCCGCCGCUUGGCCCGCACGACGUGCGCUGCGCCAGCCUCGACUCGCUGCACAUGCAGCCAAGUGCGUCGUGCGACGGCGCCUCUGCCUCUGCCGCCGCCUGGACGGCCGAGCAGCAGCCCUCGCGCAGCUCGCGGCCCGCAUCGGCGCGCCACAGCUACUCGCGCUCGCACCCGCAGGCCAGCGAGCUGGCCAACGAGCCGCCCGAGCCCGUCUUCAAGCGCGACGACGCCGCCAGUGGCGCAACGUCGCAGCCGUCGCAGGCGCAGGUGGCAGAGUGGUUCGCACAAAUGGUCUGCUACAUCUGGUACACGCCGGCUCCCGACGGCUUUGCGCCCAGCCGCGCCGACGCCGAGCUGGGGCUGAGCCCCAAGGAGCGCUUCGUGGCCUUUGCCCGCGAGGUGCUCAACACGACGCAGCUCAGCAACGCCGUCAUUCUGCUGGCGCUGCUCUACAUCCACCGCCUGCGGCAGCAGCAUCGCUCGCUGCGCGGCAAGGAAGGCAGCGAGUACCGCCUUGCCAUCUGCGCGCUGAGUCUGGCGAACAAGAUGCAGGACGACAGCAGCUACACGGCGGCGACGUGGAGCGACAUCACAAAGGUGCCCGUCAAGGAGCUGAACCGCAUGGAGGUGGAGAUGUGGCUCGGCCUGCCCAGCCUCUACGCCACAGCAGACGACUACCGGCGCUGGCUCGUCGCCGUCGAGCUGCUGGCAGAGCAGCGCUCGCAGGCCAUCGAGCGCUCCACGCGCGACGCAGCGGUGCGCCGCACGAUGCACCAGCACCGCUCGCUGGCGCAAGGCCGGCACAGCAUGAGUCACAUCCAGCUCGGCCACGCCGCCGCAUCGUCGCUGCUGCCGGCACGCACGUCGCUCACCACCAGCGACUCGUCGGCCGAUGGCUCGUGGGCCGCUCGUGCCUCGACGGGCGCGGCAACACCGCCGUUCGCCACGCAGCCGUACUUCCAGUUUCCGCCGUCGGUGCCCGAUGCUUCCUCGUUCGGGCCGUCGCCGCCCGACUCGUCCGUCGAGGCACCGCACGCCUUCUCCUCCGACUUUACCUUCCAGGUCCCGGCGCCGUCCAUGUCGGCCAGCGGCUGGACGCCCGACCAUCUGGCGCCGCCUCCGCCGCCGUCUGCACCGCAGGCUCCGCAGCAGCUCGACGGCCGCGUCCGCUCGCUCGCCUCGCCCGACGUGCCACGGCCGUCGAGCUCGGCGUCCGGCAGUGCUUCGAUCGCGGGCAUGAAGCGAGCCUUCGAGCGCACGCGCAUCGAGUCGCCCGUGCAUGCCGUCGAGUGGAACGGCAGCGCCAGCGGCUCCGGCCGCCCGACGAAGCGGCGGGCGUACGAGCAGCGUCAGCCCGCAUACAGCGACUUGCUUGCCUCGGUCUCUCCCACCGAUGCUCGUUCGGCACCACAGCAGCACAGCAGCAGCGCCGCGCCUUCGCUGCGCAGCACGCCCGUCGCUCGUCCCUCUGCGACGACGCAGGACGAGUAUGCAGCGCAGGCAUUCCACUCUACCUUCUCCCACGCCCUCACUCCUGAGGUCCUCGUGGCGCCUUACCGUGGCAACGAGAGCGUCAACACCUCGAAUGGAGCCGUGGGCCUCUCGCACGCCGUGCCGCUCUCGUACUACUCGCUCGCAGCAGGCAGUGCACGCGGCCACCUGGGUCUCUACCUGCCGCCGCCGAUUCCGGGAGCACACGCCCAUGCCCCGCCCAUGCGUGUGGCGCCUCAACGUGCUCAGCAGACGCCUUCGCCUCAAGCGCUGUGGAACAACUCGACGUCUUCCUCUGCGCGUCGCGCUUCGGGCACGCGCCACGUGCCGGCCGUCACUGCCACGCCGUACCCAACGCCCUCGCGUCGUGCAGCUCGUGCGGCUCGUCCUACUCCCGCUUCGCACGAGCAAGUGCAGGCGCACUGGCCCGCAGCUGGAGCGGGCUUCUCGCGUCACUCGCCGGCCGUCUCGCAGACGCCCUCGGCGCCGAGUCCGGAGAACGUCGCUGCGUUCUAUGCCGC